UUUUGAUUAAUGUCAUCUCUGCCAGGUUCUCUAAGAACGAGUGCUGGCUGGUGUUCGAUUUUGCAGCCUUUUACUGGAGGCCUACUGUGUGCAAGGCGGCUGUUUUAAGAUCAGCUUAAUUUCAGAGAUGCUUACUGAGCACCUACUACGUGCAAAAUGGAUGAUGUGUCAUGCAUGGUCUCAGUUUGACAGGGAAGGGGACUCUGAAAGAUGCUGCAUUCCUGCAGCCCUGCCACAUCCCGCGGAGCAGUCUCAGUCAAGGUGGCGUGGAGGCGUGGGUGAAAGAGGAUACGCCCCCAUCCGAAGCCUCUGGAGGGUCCUGGCCUGGCAGCUAAGUUCCUUUUGGACUCAGGACAGCCCUUGCAACUGCAGAGCUCAUGAGAGAGUGUGGCUUUUCCCGGCUUUUUACUCACCUAACUAGUUGGAGCUUUGGAUUCUAAAGGGAACUUGUAGAAAGAUAAACUGGCGGAAAUGAAAAGGCGCCCCCUAGAACCUUCUAGAAUCCAUUAACUGGAUCCCCUCUUACUGCUCAGGGCACAGAGGGAGGCUGUGAUCCGAUUAAGCUUUGGACCCACUUAAGUAAAGCAACACAGCUCGGCAAGCAGCUCCUGCAUUGGGGCCAGACAGAAGGAUUCCAAAGGGGAGAGUUGCUGCAUAUUUUACUUUGAGAUCCGUGGAGAUAGAAGAUAAGGACACUGGCUUUUCUCCUUCUAAUAAUGCCAGAUCUGGAAGAAGCAUGAACCAUUUUAAGCGUCUAGGAGGGUUCUUGAAGCCCAGGAGUCGGUGGCAAACCCUCCCGGUGCAGACGAGAACCCUUGCAGCAUCCCGCUGAGCACAUCAGUGAGCAAGGACUUGCAGUCAGCCGUUCCUGUCCCCUGGCAGCAGUGACCUCACCAGGAGCAAAAGCAUCCCUCAGCUGUGAGGUCGGACAGAAUGAGGUGUGCUGGGGAAACCACUAGCUGGAACUUGGCCUUUCCUGACUGCCCCUGCAUCCCCCGGACGGCCCCAGACCACUGAGUCAACAAUGGCCGAGAGAGGGGACUGCCUCGCCAGUGUCUACGGGUAUGACCUUGGAGGGCGCUUCACUGACUUCCAACCCCUAGGCUUUGGGGUCAACGGGCUGGUGCUGUCGGCUGUGGACAGCAGGGCUUGCCGGAAGGUAGCUGUCAAGAAGAUUGCUCUGAGUGAUGCCCGAAGCAUGAAGCAUGCGCUCCGAGAGAUCAAAAUCAUCCGGCGCCUGGACCAUGACAACAUUGUCAAGGUCUAUGAGGUACUAGGACCCAAGGGUAGCGAUCUGCAGGGCGAGCUCUUCAAGUUCAGCGUGGCCUACAUUGUCCAAGAGUACAUGGAGACGGACCUGGCGCGCUUGCUGGAGCAGGGCACACUGACCGAGGAGCAUGCCAAGCUGUUCAUGUACCAGCUGCUCCGUGGGCUCAAGUACAUCCAUUCUGCUAACGUGUUGCACAGGGACCUGAAACCCGCCAACAUUUUUAUCAGCACAGAGGACCUUGUGCUCAAGAUUGGGGAUUUCGGGUUGGCAAGAAUCGUGGAUCAGCAUUACUCACACAAGGGUUAUCUGUCAGAAGGGUUGGUGACAAAGUGGUACCGCUCUCCACGACUGCUCCUGUCCCCCAACAACUACACAAAAGCCAUCGAUAUGUGGGCAGCUGGCUGCAUCCUCGCUGAGAUGCUCUCGGGGAAGAUGCUCUUCGCUGGGGCUCACGAGCUGGAGCAGAUGCAGCUCAUCCUAGAGACCAUCCCUGUGGUCCGGGAGGAAGACAAGGAGGAGCUGCUCAGGGUGAUGCCGUCCUUUGUCAACAGCACCUGGGAGGUGAAGAGGCCACUGCGCAAGCUGCUCCCUGAUGUCAACAGCGAAGCCAUUGACUUUCUGGAGAAGAUCCUGACCUUUAACCCCAUGGACCGCUUAACUGCAGAGAUGGGGUUGCAGCACCCCUACAUGAGCCCUUACUCGUGCCCCGAGGAUGAACCCACCUCACAGCACCCCUUCCGCAUUGAAGACGAGAUCGAUGACAUCGUGUUGAUGGCCGCCAGUCAGAGCCAGCUCUCCAACUGGGACAGGUAUCCUGUGAGCCUGUCAUCAGAUCUGGAGUGGCGACCAGACCGGUGCCAGGAUGCUAGCGAGGUGCAGCGUGACCCACGUGCUGGCUCUGCACCGCUGGCUGAGGAUGUGCAGGUGGACCCACGCAAGGACUCGCAAAGCAGCUCCGAGCGCUUCCUGGAGCAGUCCCACUCGUCCAUGGAGCGCGCCUUCGAGGCCGACUAUGGGCGCUCCUGCGACUACAAGGUGGGGUCCCCAUCCUACCUAGAUAAGCUACUGUGGCGCGACAACAAGCCCCACCACUACUCAGAACCCAAGCUCAUCCUGGACCUGUCGCAUUGGAAGCAGGCAGCCGGCGCGCCCCCCAUGGCUGCGGUAGCUGCCGACCCGGUGUCACGUGAGGAUGAGCCGACCAGCCUCUUCCUAGAGAUCGCUCAGUGGGUCAAGAGCACGCAAAGUGGCCCCGAGCGUGCCAGCCCUCCCCCUGAUGCCCCAGAGCACCGCCUCUCUGCCUCGCCCCCGGGACACCCGACACCCAUCGAUGGGGGUGCCAGCCCCCAGUUCGACUUAGAUGUGUUCAUCUCGCGUGCUCUAAAGCUCUGCACCAAACCCGAGGACCUACCGGAAAACAAACUGGGUGAUCUCAACGGCUCGUGCAUCCCUGAGCACCCUGGCGACCUCGUCCAGACAGAGGCCUUCUCCAAAGAAAGGUGGUGAGCACCGAAGGGGUGCGGGAGAACUUCCGGAGCAAGAUGGCACCCAGAAAGCCGGACCGCUCCCUUGCUCCCCUAGCACUUCCGUCAGCCUCUCUCUGCUGCAUUGGGGUUAGCAGAACGCACGAGGAUCCGGGGAGCGAGAGGAAUGUCCAUUUCUUAAACUGCCUUAAUAACUAGCCUUUAACCUCUGGGAGCGGGUUCGAAUGGAGCCGGGCUGGGAGCUAUCACUUUCCCAUCGUAAGGGCGGCCUGUGCUUUGUAAGUGACAGUAUGCAGGGAAGAAAGGGAUGUCGGAAAGCAGUCUACAGCCCUACCCGGGUCGAGGAGGGGGCAGAAGCAGCUUGCAGACAAUAGUUUCCAAGCCAUGUGACCCACCUAGUCUCAAAUGGACAUUUGGGCCCAGAGAAGCCUUGUCUGACUUAGGACCACAGGCCUAGUGAAUGUCAGGGUGAAGUCUGAAUCCUAGGCUCCUGUCCCCUGAACCAGUGUCGGACCACAGUAUAAUGGCUUCCUCUGCUGGGGUCACUCUGGCUUUUUGCUCAGCAAACUUGGUCCCGAGUGCUUCUUGCUGUCCCUGACCAUCUUUGCCAUCCAUUCCUUUCAUUUAGAACAAUGCUUCCUGUGUUCUGAAACUGGAAACAACCAGUUUCUUCCUCCUAGCCACCAGACAUAUUUUUGUGACUCCCCAAGUGCUUCAAUGCCCUCACCUGCCGCAUUCCCUCUAUUUGCCCAAACUCAGCACAGUCUGUAGUUGUUGCUUGAGAUCAGAGCAGUUCGGGGGUCUCUGGGUGAGUUUACUCAUCUCCCAGGCCUGCACCACAGCAGCCUCCUCCAGCAUGCCCUCUGCACUUUUCCUGACUCAACAUAGCACAGCCCUCAUUCCGCAGUGGAUGUCACACAUGGGUGAGUUUGAAGCUGGCUAUUCCAAGAAUCCCUCUUGUCCAACCCCUCAGCAUCCCACCCACCCCACCCACAUACACACAGCUCCUCUCCAAACCUACUUCAGAACCAAAUGUUCCUGGCACAAAUUGCUCAUUUGUAGGAAAAGCAAUAAGGUGCUUUCCACAGAAACAAAUGAGUUAGGAGAGAAAGUUCCACACAGGGCCCAUCAUCCUUCAUUAAUGCUGCCCUUGAUGCUGAGCAUCUAUUUAGUGCUAGCCAAGAGUGGACCCUAAAGGAAUGACUGGAGAGCUAGUGACCUUGUGGGCAAGAAACAUAGAAAGAUAAACUAGGUGUUUAAAGAGGGGUACCAACCUCAAGUGUCCUGAAGAGGCAGCUAUCAACUGGAGAACCCAUGACAAAGAAUUCAAAGUAACCAUGCCCUCAUAAGCUUAAAUUAAGAUGAACUUGGAGUCCAAAGCCCUCUACAGAAUCAUAGGGUGGGGAAGCCAACAGUCCCCAGUCUGUCCCUGAGUACUCUGCCGCUGGUUUCUAUCCUCCCCCUACCCAUGCCAACAUCCAAAGAUACCCACAGGAAGUCUAGCUGGCCUGACGAGAGAUCCCUUUGGAAUGUGUUUGUCUUCACAUCGCAGCACCUUAAAUCUAGCUAACUAUGGUUUGUAUAUUGAAACCUAUGAGGCAUUAGAAACUUAUAUUUUAAAACAGAAGCAACCACACUGACCAGUUUUAAAUGGAAAAUAUGUAAAUACAAAGUGUUUAGGUUUUCCUUUUUUUUUUUUUUUUCUUUAAGAAAAUGCAAUGCACACCACCUUUCCUCAUGUGCCAUUUGACCUCAGAGGGAAACUUUACUUUUUGAGUAAAGGGACAUGCUGCUGAUUGACCCUGAGUUCACAGAGAAUUGUUAUUACAGGAGAAUUGUUAUCAUUAUUCAUGUUCUUAAAAUAAUCUGUUACAUAUUAUUAAACUUGAUCAGGAUGAGCCAAAUAAACUUUUAUUGGAACGUA